GAGGCGUCCGCGGGAUUCUGUGAGUGGCGGCGCGUAUAGCGUAGGGGGUUCGCUGUGUCUCGUCUCUGUGAGUGCGUCGUCUUCAAGAAACUCGGAAAAAGGCGGUUGUGAUUUGUUGAUUUCCCUUGAGGGUAUCGAGGAAUAUAUAUAUAUAUAUAAAAUAAAGAUUAUGUGUUUCCCGAAGGAGCGAUAGUGACCCUCGUGGGAAGGAGUGUGGGUUAGCCUUCUAUGAGCCCGAAGUGUUUUUUACGAAGAGGAUAUAAGACGAGAUUAAUCAAGAAAAAAAAAUUAUCAUUCAAUUACUGGUUAUCUAUUGUCGAGCCAUUCAAAAAUUAUCUGAAUGGCGCAGAGAUCGGCUGCUAAACAGAUCGCGCAGGCUGAUAGCUAGAGGGCAAAGGUACAAGAAGAAGGGAAGAGCGAAGGAACGGCAAUAAGAAGAAGGAUACGAGGAACACCGAAGACCGCGUCCAGGGGUCCGGUCCCCCCCUCUCCCCCACCCCCCGCGUAAUGGCCCCCGGCACCCUGCUCUGCACACGCUGGUAGUUCUCACAAACCGCCAAAAUGCCGGGCAACGUGCGAAACACCGGCCAGACUGACUCGCACAGGCCGCCCAUCACCGCCGCCUCCCGCACCAAAUCCCUCGACUGCUUGGCCGACAAAUCUGACAAAACAAGUGAGUAUGUUCCUUCGAGGAUCACGCGGACGCAGCCCAAGAUCAAGACGGAUGCUAUGCAGUUCGUAAAGCCUCCUUCAAACUUUGCACACAAUCGGUGGCAGCGCUCUCAGACCGGGCCGGCAGGGCUGUACAAGUCGGCGACGGAGCAGAUCAAGAAGGCCGAAGCCGUGAAGGCGAUGAGGAAGCACCUGAUCGCCGAGGAAGAGGACUGGCAGCAGCAGCCCUCCUCCUCCUCCCAGUCCAAGAGCCCCUACGACGAGGACACAGAUUGGCAGACGAACUUGGACAAAUGGAAAAGCUCCCGGAGAAAGCGGAACGAGGACGCGCUCGAGAGAGUCAUCGAGAUCAAGAAGAACGAGCAGGAGGAGGAGCUGAACCGAACGCGGCGCAAGAGCAAGACCUUCAGCGAAAUGCAGGAGGAGAAGAACAAAAGAGGUCGCAGGUACAACCUUGUGGUGCAUGACGAUGACAACAAUGACCUGGCUGACCUAGGGCUGUCCACAGUCAAGAGCAGCAGCUCCCUCUACGACGGGCAGGAAGACAAUGACGUCAAGGACCUGGACCAGGACAACAAGGACGCCAAGAGCGACGCGGGAUUCUGCACGGGCUCGGACACGGGCAGUGACGGGGUAUUCGCCGAGGACAACAUCAGCGACACGUCCUCGGCACUCGGAGACAAGAAAGAAACUCAUGAUUCGCUCCUGGAUACUGGAGUUUCAAAGGAAGAGGAGCCGAGGAUCAACGGACACGGAUCCAGCCUGACUUCGGACAUUCUCAAUACCAACAAUGCAAACUUGUAUACAGAGGAGUACACCUACGACAAAGCCAUUGAGGGAUAUAAACAGUAUGCAGAGAAUACUGCCAAGAAGCGCACGUCCAGCAUCACAAGUCUGAACAGUAACACGAGCUUCACGAAGGAGGAUGAGAGGAAGGACGAACGGCCUCGCCUCAACGGGCGCUCUCCAAGCCCUGCCAAGAGCAACAAGCUGGAGGAGAAGCUCAACUUCUUCACAAAGGAGAUGGUCAAGGAGUCUCGCACGAGCCCUGAGCCCAGAGUCAUCAUGCGAGAGAAGUCACCCAAAGUUGAUGUCGGGAAGAGAAGAUCCAUGUUCGAGAUGGGCGAGCCGCUGAUCAGCCAGAGUGAAAGAGAGCAGAAGCAGGCCAACAGGAGGUCUCUGGAAGUCCCUGGGUCUCUGCGGAACAAGGUUGCCUCGUUCGAGAACCUGGAUAUGGACACCCCGAAAGUUCGAGGAAUGACUCCAAACAUUGAGACGAACUUGAAGAGUAAAGUCAAAUCAUUUGAGAACCUUGACACAGAGACAACCAAGGUCCGAGGGGUUACGCCCACCAGGGACACCAAAUUCCGCGAGAAACUAGCAUCAUUCGCAGCUGCUGACACCGAAUCUCAGACAGUCAGAAAAAAGACUCCGGAAAGAGACGUCAACUUCCACAAGAAACUCGCAUCCUUCACAAGCAUCGAAAACGGUGAAGAAGAAAAGUGCGUUGAGAGGAAGACCAUACCUCUGCGCGACCCAACUCUGAAAAACAAGAUUGCUUCUUUCGAACAGCUGGAGCAGGCUGCUGAAGCAUAUUCUCAGCCUCCACGUGAAGAACCGGUGAAAAAUAGGGACCGGUCUGUCAGCCUGGAAAACCUGGACGAACCGCCGCCGGUCAAGGAGGUAAUGCGGCCUGCAGUUUCAAUGGGCAACAUGGGGCUCAUGAGACGGGCUCCCUCGACCCCGUACAUGGUGGUGGAUCUAGACAAAACUGGGGUCGAGGAGGAAUCUUGUAUCAGGGAAAAGAGACCUGUGGUGAGUGAUGAGCAAGAAUCAGCCGGUGCUCGGGACCAAGCCAAGCGCUCUACCAUCUACGAAACUAUAGAGAAGUGCCAAGUGGUUCGUGACGUUGAGUCUGCUCCAAUGUUUUCCAUUUUCCAGUACCUCAGCCCAGAGGUUUGUCACACGAGUAAUCAGAAGUUCUGUGUGUGUGACUUUGCGUUGAUGAGAAUUGCCUUUGAUAUAUUUGAGCGGUGUGAAUUAGAACUGAUUUAGAUUAGAGUGUGUUCCAUAACAUAUUAAUUAAUAGAACUGUACAUUGUUUUAAUACACAACAUUUUAAAGCAGUAUAUCGUAAAUAUCGUAAACGUUCUAAAAUGGGCCAACGUAACAACGUUCAUCUAAUAUUCUUAAACAAAUUCUUUCAUUCGCGAACACCGACCUCAUCAGUGUUCUUUAAUAUCUAAAAAAAUGAAAUUGGGCAUAAUU